CAAAAGAAAUUUAUUCCCACAAAAGAAAGGAAAGAAAAGUCUCUUUUAAUUUCAUUUGAUUUUGUGGUUAGCAUUAAAACAAUUGUUCACAUAAUUCACAGAUUAAGCAAAUCAAAUCAAACAUGGCUAGUGGUGACACUGACAACCAAACCAAAGUAGUGGUAGUGAUGGUGCCAUUCAUAGCACACGGUCAUCUCAACCAGCUGCUUCAUCUCUCAAAUCUCGUAUCUUCCUACAACAUCCCGGUCCACUUCAUCUGCACCACAUCCACCCUUCACCAAGCCCGGUCUCGUCUUCAGGGUCUAGCCACAUCUGACCCCAUGAUCCAUUUCCAUCAAUUCGAAACGCCACCGUUCACGUCCCCACCACCUGACCCCACUAACCAUUUCCCUUCCCACCUUCAAUCCUCAUUCGAAUCCACUCUACACCUUCGCAGGCCUGUUUUUGACUUCAUUUGUUCUGUUUCAAAAACAGCCACAAGAGUGGUUGUUAUUCAUGAUGCUCUCAUGUCGUAUGUUGUUCAAGACGUUAAGUCGAUAAGUAACGCUGAGUGUUACAACUUUCGCCCACUUUCGGUCUUUUAUACUUUCUGGGAUUUAUGGGAAAAAGCUGGAAGGCCGUUUGAGGUUGAUAUGGAACUGUUUAAUAAACUUCCUUCUCAAAAUGGUAUUGUUUCGGCCGAGUUUAGGUUAUUUGCAAAGUUACAACAUCCUCAUAUGAAUAAUGAUGUCGGAGAUUUAUUCGAUUCGUCCAGAGUUAUUGAAGGUGAAUUUUUAGAGUAUUUAGAGAGAGAAGAAAUAUCAGGGAAAAAAAAGAUAUGGGCUGUUGGACCGGUUAAUCCGGUCCACACAUCUGAUGUGACGGUUUUGGAUAAAAACCGUCACAAGUGCUUGCAGUGGCUUGACAAGCAGCCUGUAAAUUCCGUUAUUUAUGUUUCUUUUGGGACGACUACUACUUUUACUGACGACCAAAUUAGGGAAUUGGCUAUCGGGUUAGAGAGAAGUGAGCAAAGGUUUAUAUGGGUGGUUCGGGCUGCAGACAGAGGUGAUAUGGUUGGGUUAAAGGAUAGACUGGUUACGUUGCCAGAUGGGUUUGAAGAGAGAGUGAAAGGAAAGGGAUUGAUUGAGCGGGGAUGGGCCCCACAACUGGAGAUUUUGGACCAUUCUGCCACUGGUGGGUUUAUGAGUCACUGUGGAUGGAAUUCGAGUAUGGAGAGUAUAUCAAUGGGAGUGCCGAUGGCGACGUGGCCAAUGCACUCUGAUCAGCCAAGAAAUGCAGUUUUGAUUACAGAAGUUCUUAAAAUUGGUGUGGUGGUGAAAGAUUGGGAGCGUAGAAAUGAGUUGGUGACAGCCUUAGCGGUUGAAAAGGCUGUUAUCACGCUUUUGGGAUCGAGACAAGGAUAUGAGAUGCGGAAAAGGGCUGCUAAGUUUGGUGAUGACAUCAAGUUAUCAAUGAUUGAAGGUGGUGCAAGCCGUUUAGAAAUGGAUUCGUUUAUUUCCUAUAUACGUAGGUAAAAGUAAAUUUGUAAUGUCAGAUUUUUGGAAAUCAUGUACAAAGAUAUCAUCAUCUUAUGGCAUUUGAUGAGUCUUGUUACUCUUGUAUUCAUUUAAAGUGUAUGAUACAUCUUAAAUUGUCUUUUAAAAGUA